CACUUGCCCGAGUGGUGCGAUCCGCCCUACGUGCCGGCCUCCCCGGGCUGCGGGGCCAGCGUCCCACGGGCCGGACCGGGACCGGGCUGGGCGGUGGGUGCGGGUGUUCCGGGAAUUGGGGUGGAGGAGCUCAGCAAGGCCACACAACCAGAACUUGGCUUGAGGGAGGCUUUCCCUGCUCCUCAACACUCUGGAGCUCCUCAGUACUUGCUUGCAGAGCCAUUGGUACAAGUGCCUCUGCCCAUCAUGGGGGACGCCAGCAUGGAACCCAUCUCCUCUCCUCAGAACACUGCCCACCAAGACUCUCUUGUCAGCAUGACAGAUGUGUUUCUCAUCUCCCUUAUCAUUGGGCUCUUCACUUACUGGUUCUUCUUCCGUAAGAAAAAGGAGGAAAUCCCUGACCUUCCCAAAAUGCAAUCAGUAGCAGCUCCAGUGAGGGACAGCAGCUUCAUUGAGAAGAUGAAGAAGACGGGACGAAACAUUGUGGUUUUCUAUGGUUCCCAGACGGGCACAGCAGAGGAAUUUGCCAACCGUCUCUCCAAAGACGCACAUCGCUACGGGCUCCGGGGCAUGGCAGCAGAUCCAGAGGAGUAUGACUUGUCUGACCUGAGUCGCCUCUCUGAGAUUGACAAGUCCUUGGCUGUCUUCUGCAUGGCCACUUAUGGGGAGGGAGAUCCCACAGACAAUGCCCAGGACUUCUACGACUGGCUGCAGGAGGCUGAUGCUGAUCUCUCAGGUCUCCGGUUUGCAGUUUUUGGGCUGGGAAACAAGACUUAUGAACACUUCAAUGCCAUGGGAAAGUAUGUGGACAAGAGACUGGAGGAGCUUGGAGCCCAACGCAUCUUUGAACUUGGGCUGGGGGAUGAUGAUGGCAACCUGGAAGAAGACUUCAUCACCUGGAGAGAACAGUUCUGGCCAGCAGUGUGUGAGCACUUUGGGGUGGAGGCCACAGGAGAAGAGUCCAGCAUCCGCCAGUAUGAACUGGUGGUGCACACAGAUCUGAACAUGAACAAAGUCUACACUGGUGAGAUGGGUCGCCUCAAGAGCUACGAGAACCAGAAGCCGCCAUUUGAUGCCAAGAACCCUUUCCUGGCCAAGGUUACAGAGAACCGUAAGCUGAAUGAGGGUGGAGAGAGACACCUGAUGCACCUGGCACUGGAUAUUUCCAAUUCCAAAAUCAGGUAUGAGUCUGGGGACCAUGUGGCAGUGUACCCAGCCAAUGACUCCUCUCUGGUGAAUCAGAUUGGUGAGAUCCUGGGCACGGAUCUGGACACCAUCAUGUCCCUAAACAAUUUGGACGAGGAAUCCAAUAAGAAACAUCCCUUCCCCUGUCCCACAUCCUACCGUACAGCCCUGACAUACUACCUGGACAUCACCAACCCACCCCGCACCAACGUCCUCUAUGAGCUGGCCCAGUACGCCAGUGACACCGGGGAGCAGGAGCGCCUGCGCAGGAUGGCAUCCUCUGCUGCAGAGGGAAAGGCUCUGUACCACAGCUGGGUGGUGGAAGCCAGGAGGAACAUCCUGGCCAUCCUGCAGGAUAUGCCCUCCCUGCGUCCUCCCAUCGACCACUUGUGUGAGCUCCUGCCCCGCCUGCAGGCUCGGUACUAUUCCAUCGCCUCCUCCUCCAAGGUUCACCCCAACGCCAUCCACAUCUGUGCUGUGACAGUGGAGUAUGAGACCAAGACGGGACGGCUGAACAAAGGGGUGGCCACCAACUGGCUGAAGAACAAGGUUCCUGAUGAGAAUGGCAGGAGCUCCAUGGUGCCCAUGUACGUCAGGAAGUCCCAGUUCCGUCUGCCCUUCAAACCCAGCACUCCUGUCAUCAUGAUUGGACCUGGCACUGGCAUAGCCCCCUUCAUCGGCUUCAUCCAGGAGAGGGCCUGGCUGAAGCAGCAAGGCAAAGAGGUGGGUGAGACAGUGCUUUACUACGGCUGCCGCCACCAGCGUGAGGACUACCUGUACCGGGAGGAGCUGGCCCACUUCCACCAAGAGGGCAUCCUCACCCAGCUCAAUGUUGCCUUCUCCAGGGACCAGGCUGAGAAGGUUUAUGUUCAGCACUUACUGAAGAAGAACAAGGAACACAUCUGGAAGCUGAUUAAUGAAGGGAAUGCUCAUAUCUACGUGUGUGGGGAUGCCCGGAACAUGGCUCGGGAUGUGCAGAACACCUUCUAUGAGAUCGUGUCCGAGUUUGGGAACAUGAGCCAGGCCCAGGCCACGGACUAUGUAAAGAAACUGAUGACAAAGGGCCGGUAUUCUUUGGAUGUCUGGAGCUAAGAGUGGGGCUGUGGGGCCAGGGAGAGGAUGGGUAACCCAGGUGUGGGCUUGUGGGAGGUGGGAAGUGCCUGCUGGCCCACUGCUACUAUGGGUGACAGCAUUGUCCCCAGCUCCCAGCUACCCCAGUGUCACUCCCAACCCCUCCUGGGCCUCAGCACCCCCCUAGGACAGGUUCUGUGCCAUAGGAGGUGGAAGGGGUUGAGAGGGGCAGGGGGGUAGCUCAGGCUGUGGUGCUUCUGGCACCCCAGAAGCUCGUGGCACCAGCAUUUGCCUUGAGGGGAAGGGACACAGCUGAUGGAGGGCAGGAGGGACUGAUGGUGCCCUGGGGUCCCUUUCCCUGACCACAAGGUGUUGCCUUAUUCCCUGGGCCUGGAGAUCACCCCAGUCUGCCUGCUGGGCUGGGAAUGCUGGGGAUGGCAGACUGUGAGUUUGGUGCGAGGCCAUGGCACGGAGCUGCCAUCUGCCCUCACCUCCCUCCUGCCCCCUUUGCCCAUCUCCAGACUAAAGAUGUGGGGCUGGCUGGCAGCACAGAGCUGCCCCGUGCCACCAGGGUCCUACAGACACCCCUCUCCAUCUCCUCUGCCCUCUGAAAUCCAGACUUCUGGAGAGGUCUGAGUCCACCAGGGCUCUGCUCAUUCCCUGGGUUCUGCAGCUGGCAGCUCCCCUGUGCCCAGCCCCUCCCUCAUGCUGUGUGUACUGUCAAUUGUUUUGUUUCAUUUUUUUUGGAAUACUGUUUUUAUUUUAACAUCUUUGUGAUUUUAAUUAUGGCAAAAAAAAAA